AUGCAGGACUACCUUGCCUGUCUAAAGCAGGUCCGAGGGGCGAACACGCAUGAGUGCAGGCUUUUGGCGAAGGCUUACUUGAAGUGUCGGAUGGAUCGGUGGGUAAUUUUUUUCUAGUUCUCCGGGAAUGGAUGCAUGGACGGACGGAUAGACUGAGUUGUUUUCGCGGGCAGCAACUUGAUGGCUCCAGAUGAGUUUCGGAACCUUGGAUUUCAGGAUGGUGCUGCGAGGAGGGAAGCGGGGACGGAUGGUAGGGGCGAAAAGGGUACAGGGGGGAGUCAUGGGUUAGAGGAGUUAAGACGGGAGAGCGAGGAGUUGAAAAAGAAGAAUGCGGAGAAGAGCUAG